GCCUUACGUGUGUCCCGACUUUAUCAGAGACUUUGCUAUGGCCGAAGCACCGACGACAGGUGGCGAGGUCCUGACUCCAAACGAUGCCGUCAAAGUACUGGAGGAGCUACUACCAGCACAGAACAAGUCCUUCCAACUGGGACUGAAGCUGAAUAUCGAGCCACAUCAAGUUGAGGCCAUCCAUUCAACAUACUCCGAGCCAGAAAACCGCCUCCUCCGAGUUGUCAUGCUGUUCCUGAACCAAGUAGAGCCGAGACCAACCUGGAGAGUCAUUGUAGAUGCUCUCAAAAGUCCUGCAGUCAAUCUUCCUCAGCUAGCAAUGACUGUAGAGGCUGCUCACAUUCCUGACUCUACACAAGCACUUGUGCCUGAAGCCAGUGUCUCUUCCUCUCAGAGUCCAGCCACCUCCUCUCAACCAGGCCUGUCCUCUCUUCUCCAUGGUUCUGGAGCCUCACCACUCACUGAAGUGGACUAUCAACCAGACCUGCCGCAACCAAGUUAGUCCACUACUGUAGCUGUUAACAAGUUGUAGCAGGGCCACUCCGGAAUAUUUGUAAUGCUCGAUUCUUUGCCAGUCACAUCACGUGCGUCAUAAUCAUAAGCCAAGUUAAAAUAAUCUUUUAUGAGCCAGCCCGUCAUCGCGGUACCCGUUCAUACGGGAAACGGUGCCCGUUACGGUGUUUAUGAUUAAACGCGGACUCUGCGCAGAUCGCGGUGAGACAGUUAUUACGCGGACUGUCCGUCCCGGAACCCGUGAUUUUGUCUGUGAUAACGCUCCGGCACGGUAAGGACAAACUCUGAACUGACGCCGGCGCGGUUAGAACGAAGACCGUACGGACGAAGGGACGGUUAUAGGACGGGGCCGUACGGACAUAGGUACGAUGUCCGGUUAUAUCCAUUUAGUUCUGCCUACCUGGGCUGGCUUGCCCGCGCUAGCGCUCGCUUUGUUGACAGGGAUGAGAAUUUUACAGACACUUCACAUCGAGAAACAAUAAAGCAAGGGCUAAACACCUAGUGUCCUGCUUUUCAGCUCCAGCCAUGGCUUGGCAAUCUUCACUGCUAGUUUCAGCUCUCUCUUCAAGACUUGAAACACAAUUCUCUCUCUGGUCCAGCUUGCUAGCUACAUAAAGGAAAAGACAUUACACUGUGUUCCAAGAUUCCCCCUUUCUUUUCAGGGGGACCCUUGAAACAAGGCAAAAAAGAUGGUUUUUGAGUACCUUUAGACUGUCUGGUGGAUAUGCCAUGCUGUAUCUCUCCCUCUUCGGCGUCUUUUUGCCUUUGUUUCAACACACUGCUCUUGCAAAUAUCGUACCUGCACAAAAACACUCACGUACAUGUUACUGCCAGUAAAUUCAACUUACUGUGUUGUCAGU